CAGUCGGUAGGAGCGCACGCCGUUUUAUAUUAUCAUAGCUCGGUAUAAAUGCUGGAGACGCGUGUCUUUUCUCAUCUGAAGCGCAGUCUGUACUACUCCAAAUUCUUCAGCCGUACCCUGGGGAACAAACCGGACUCGCUCGCUGUCACCAAACAGUUUGUUGUCGAUCGCCUGACAUUUAUUUGGGAUUAAAAUGGUCAUCAAGGUUUACAUCGCCUCCUCAACUGGCUCUGUCGCGGUUAAAAAGCAUCAACAGGCUGUAGUCGGUUUCCUGGAGGCCAAUCGAAUCAGCUUCCAGGAAAUUGACAUCACCAUGCUGGAGGAGCAGAGGUUAUGGAUGUACCGCAACAUACCCCGGGACAAGCAGCCAGAGAAAGGCAACCCGCUGCCUCCACAGAUCUUCAAUGAGGAUCGCUACUGUGGGGACUAUGAGGACUUCUUCGAGUCGAAGGAGAACAACACUGUGUUUGCAUUCCUUGGGCUCACUGCCCAACCGUCAGUGAAAGAUUCAGAGUCAUAGAUCAAACUGCUGGUGUGCGACGUCCAUGGAACCUUAAAAGAUGAGGACACAAACUGCAUCACUCCUUGUGUUGCAUCAGGUCCUUUACCGUGAUCCUCUUGCUACGAUGCCAGCAUUUUGCCAAACCUCAGCCCACACGGAUUUCACCCUGGAAGACCUCCCCUGUCUUUAAAAACUGUUCAAGCAACAUUCCACCAACACUGAAGUCUCCAAGUCUGACUCUAAAGAGGCCUACUAACAGAAGAAGGGGGUUAACAUUAUGAUGGAUGCAUUUGUGUUUCCUUUCCAUGUUUAACACACUGUGACAAUUUCAAAUUGAAGUAGCAUAAAUGUUGUGCAAACUAGACGACAAUGUAGCAGGUUUUUGCACCAGUAGACCAGUUGCUGUAGGUCAGUCUACAAUGCAGUGGACAGGGAAGAAAUGAUGAGGUGUAGCACAAGCCAUCUGAAUACACACCAGUAUUGUGUGUGUGUGUGUGUGUGUGUGUGUGUGUG